AUGCAAAUGCUUCGUGGCGCGAGACACUCAUUGUUAAGAGGGAAAAAUAGUUUAACCCGUACUUUUAGCAAAGAUGGCUUCGAGAAGGGAAAACUAAAUUUCAGGCGUAGCAUGACUAUGAAAAAAGAUGUUCUACGCGAUAUUACUGAGAUUCUAACCUUGGAAGAAGUUCAUUUAAUUGUUAAAAGAUGUGCCGAUGAAAUACGAGAAAGAGGAUUGCAUGAAGUUGAUAUCUUCAAACCCACUAAAGUUGGUGACAAUGCGGAUGAGGUCAGGUACCUUAUCAGAUUUAUGUUAAAAGAAUACCGUAUCGAAUUUGAAGAUGAACUCAGAAAACAAAAUAUUCGUGACAUUGCUUCAGCCAUGAAAUGGGCCCUUAGGCAUAGUGCUUCUCCACUUGUUCCUUAUUCAAAUUAUGAAGAAUUUGCGAACACACCCAUAUUUCCACACUCAUGCUCAUUUAAUCAAUUCCUUCAGUACCUUCCUAAACAAAAUCAAGAAAUUCUUGUUGAUCUGUUUGAACUCUGUUCUCAGGUCACUACAGAAUCCCAUGUUAAUAAUAUGUCUGCCCAAAAAAUUGUAAAAUCUUUGGCCCUUUGCAUAUUAGGAGAAUCAUCAAGAAGUUUAAAAAAUUUUGAUUCAGCUUAUUUAGAAUGGUCAAAAUGUUCAGAUGCUUGUCUACAUCUUUUCCUUGCCUACUUACGUGAAUUAGAUUGCUUUUCUCCAAAUCCACGUUUAUCGAGAUUAUUAAAUAAUUAUGUAGAAUAUCGUAAAACUUCUAAUGCCACUAUGAAGGCUAUAUCACAAAAUAAUUCUGAUUUGAAGCUUUCACAACAAAUAAAUAGAAUGACAACUAUCAUAGAAGAAGAUGAUGAAUCUUAUCGACCUGUUAGUAUGUUAAGAGUUACUAGACAAGUUCCUAAUACAAGGCCAAAGAUAGAAACAAAAACCUCCAUAAGCCUUUUACCUGAAAUGAUGGAUGGUUUAAAACGUCAGACUAUUGUUCGUCCAGAUGAAGCUAUGUCUACUGACGAGAAACGUAGUGCCAAACAAAUGUGGGAACAAUUUCAAAAUCAUGGAAUCAGUGCUUUAUCGGAUGAUUUUUUAAAAUUAUAUUAUUUGCUUGAAAAAGCUAAUGCUUUAAGAAAUUUAAAAGAUCCGCAAGUUAAAUUUGUUAGAAAAGGAUAUAAAAGUUUCUGUCUGAAUUUAUCUCCAAUUGCUGCUAGUAAUACUUCUGGUUCUCUUAAAACAAUAGAAUUUCCUUCUGGAAAUAAUAACAAUUCUAUUGAAAAAAAUUUAUCUCGAAGAAAUUCCAGAAAGAAAUCUCGUAAAAACAGCUUAAAAGAAAAAAAGAAAUUAGCUAAAUUAGAAUCUUCGAAAAGAAAACGUGCGUCACUUUCGUCUGAUUCUGACCAAGCCAAAGAAAAUGAAGCAGAAACUUUAGAAGAUUGGAACUUAAUUGACCAAACGAAAGAUUUACCUAUAACCACGCAUUUAAGCAUUGAAACGAUUGACGAAAUAUUUCCUUUUGUUUGGAUAGAAACAACUGCUACCGAUCAAGGUGAUCGUUGGGGUGAAUGGGUAUUUAUUGAACCAAGAAAAGGAUUAGUUCAUGAAUGCGAAUGGGUUAUGAUUGAAGAAAAAUCUCAAGCGUUUGCUGGAUCACAGACUGCAAAAUCGGCAACAAAUGGGAAAAGGAAAACAAACUUAAUAACAAAUACAUUAAACAUUUCAUGGACUAAAGGGAAAGGAAAAUCGAGACCUUCAAGUCAAAUUAAUGAAACCGGAUCUCCUGUAUCACCUAGUUCAUCGUCUGGUUCAUUAUCACCCAUUUCAUUCACCUCGUCUAGUUCCUUCGCAUCAUCCAGUUCAUCUAAUUCAUCCACUGUAAUACCCGUUCGACCUAAGUCAAAUGAAAACGCGGAUCUGGUGAUUUACCAAUUUGAAAAAAAAACAAUAAAAAACACAGCGAAAGGAAAACAGGUCGCAACAGAUUAUCAAGGUUAUGGAUAUGGUUAUUUUGGAAACAACAAUGUUGAAAAUAAAGAUCAAUUGCCAAUACAACCAUUAAAAGAAAGCAAGAAAUCUGUAAAGAAAAAUUCUAAGAGUAAAAAUAAAACUGUUAAGAGACAGCGAGUUAUGCAAAUCGGUGCAUAA